AUGUCGUCAUCACGUUUUGCCACCCAUCACAGAAAGGAUUUAAGUACUGAAAUGCUUAGAACUAAAAUUGCUCAUAGGAAAUCACUGUCUCAGAAAGAAAACCGACAUAAAGUAUAUGAGCGCUAUAGACACUUUGGUUUGAAAGAUGUCAACAUUCCAGCCCUCAGAGAGAAAACUGUUCUGAGUGAUCAACGAAAACAAAUGCUACUAAAAUACAAAGAAGAAAAGCAACUUAAGAAAUUGAAAGAGCAGAGAGAGAAAGCUAAACCAGGAGUGUUUAAAGUGGGCCUCUAUAGACCUGACAUGCCAUAUUUUCUUUCAUCAAGCCAGAGUGCCAUGAAAGCUGGGCCAAAAAAGGCUAUUCCAUCUUCGGCACGGGUGACGAGGUCAAAGGCCAAAGGCCAAAUGGAGCAGACUGAGAUUGAUAAUGCGAGUGAUGUUCAAGCAGUCCAUCCUGGUCAAAGACAGACUUCUGAAAAGAAAGUGUUGGACAAAGAGAAAAAGGUAGCACAGCCCAUAGUGACCACAUCAAUGAGAAUGACUCGAUCAGCUACUCAAGCAGCAAAGCAGAUGGCCAGAACAGUCUCAUCUGCCACAGCAAGAAAACCAGUCACAAGAGCUACUGAUGAUAUUGAACCAGAAAGAAAGGCACCAAACAAAGGAAUACCUGUCCAAAAGAUAGAAACAAAACAUGACAAGGGCAUUUCUUGGAAACUUGAUAGUGAAGAAAAUACUUUGGAUUCACAAACUAGUGCAACACGUGGAAUGGAUCCAGAUGGAGUCUUAUCAAAACUGGAAAACUUACCUAAGACAAAUACUGCGAAAAAGAAGUCCUUUGCACCUAAAGAUUUCAUGUUUCAGCCACUGGAUGGUCUGAAGAAUUACAGAGUAACACCCAUGAGUCCCAGGAGUGCCAGUGCUUUCUUGACACCCAGUUGCACCUGGAUGCCUUCCAGUACAGAAGUUGAUAAAACUCAAGAAGCAACCAAAGAAAUUUCGGCACAAAAAGCUAAAACUCACUCAACCACCAGAGUGCAGCAAGUUUCAAAUCCAUCGCAGCAUCCUUUGGGCUCUCUCACAGUUUGGAGGGAAGAACAUGUCUUAGAUCAAGGUGAAGCUACUGCUAAAAGUCCCACUGACCUGCCAAUAAAAGAAGCCCCGUCCCUUGAUGUGAGUGAAGGCCGGCCGACUCAGCCACAGCAUGAUGUGCCAUAUUUCAGAAAUAUCCUCCGAUCAGAAACUGAGAAAUUAACUUCACAUUGCCUCGAGUGGGACAGGAAGCUUAAAUUGGACAUUCCAGAUGAUGCUAAAGAUCUUAUUCGCACAGCAGUUGGUCAAACAAGACUCCUUAUGAGGGAACGGUUCAAACAGUUUGAAGGACUGGUCAAUGACUGUGAGCAUAAACGAGGUGAAAAGGAAACUACCUGUACAGAUCUGGAUGGAUUUUGGGAUAUGGUUAGUUUUCAGAUAGAAGAUGUAAAUCAGAAAUUCACCAAUCUGACCAGACUUGAGGAAUCUGGGUGGCAAAGCAGUGAUAGAACCAAGAAAGUCUUUCGGAAAGAAAUUGUCUCGGGUGUAGCAAGUAAACCAAAACAGGAUGACGGACGACAAAUUGCAGCUCGACGUCGCCUAGCUGCCAUAAAAAAUGCAAUGAGAGAGAGAAUCAAGCGGGAAGAACAGACAGCAGCCUUGGUGAUGCCAAAGGAAGUCGACAUGAUAGUGUUUGAUGCUGGGUUUUUCAGAAUUGAAAGUCCUGUAAAAUCAUUCUCAGAACUUUCCAUCUCUUCUGAACGUUCUUCUCAAAGACUUAAAACACCUAAGUCUGUUAGCAAAGCUGUGUCUCAGAGCAAGAAUGAGAUGAGCCUUCUGAGUCAAAGUACAUCACCAGAGAACGUUGAUCUCCAGAGUGCCAGAAGGGAUCAGGUUGAUAAGAAGACUUCGUUUUCAAAUAUUCCUGAGCUCAGAAACAGCAUAGUAAAAGAUGUUCAGUGUCCUGGAUUACGAGAUUUAAUUGAAAUCAACCAUGUGCGUACUAUUCCCAUUACAUAUAGUACCUCCACUAAGAUGGAUUGUUUACCCGAUGAAAUGAUCAGUUUGCCUCUCUUUGCUGGUGGAGUAGCAGAUGAUAUUAAUAAUAAUAAAAAAGAAGAAAUUUCAGAUGUUGUGGUAGGAAUGGAACUAAAUUCUUCAGUUACAUCACAGGAUGUUUUGAUGAGUAGCACUGAAAAAAAUAUGCCAUCGCAAAAUAACAUCACACAAGAAGAGGAAACUAAAAUUUCUCAGUCAGUACUAUCUGAUAACAAAAUUCUCACUACUGAAUACCACCUUCUUGAUUUGCCAGGCCUAAACUUCAGCAGUCCAUUCACUCAGCUGGAGAGGAGACACCAGGAAUAUGCCAGACACAUUUCCUUUGGAGGUAACCUAAUCGUCUUCUCACCUCCAAGCCCCUCAGUGGAGGACAAGUAG